ACAUCGUCUUCUACAACAUGAGAUCGUUGUUGCCAUAAUUUGUAACGAGAUCUUUGGCAGUGAGCCAUCACGAAAGCGGUGCUGCUGGUGCGAUUCCCUUGGUUUUCGACCUAAGUAGAAGGAUGCGGCGGUUGCAAUGAGUGAGGAUCUGUCUCGAAGACCCGUGGUUGGCCCGAUGGUCCCCACACCGAACUUGUCGAGAUACCGCGAUUCGUGAGCAAUUUGGUUAGAAUUUCGUUCCGAGUUGAUAUUUUCAGAAUUGGGUUGCGCGGAGUUGAGUGCAGUUUUGCCCAGAGCGUUUGGUCAUGGGAGGGUCGUCUGCAGAAUCGCAGAGUGCGAAUGCGGGGGACGGCAGCACGUUCGAUGGAGUCGGAGAUGGGUUCGAUGUUCUCAACUAUAUUAAUUUCCAGUGGGAUGUGGUGUCUCCGUCGGAGAUGAGCGGGCGCUUCAUUGUCAAGCCCAAGACGGCCCAACCAUUUGGGGUUCUCCAUGGUGGCGUCACAGCGUUUCUAUCAGAGACCCUAUGCAGCUUGGGAGCUCAAGUUGUGUCUCAAUGGGCUCGAGUUGCAGGGAUUGAUCUGACCGUCAACCAUUUACAAUCUGCUCCGAUUGGUACUGAGGUCAUUGCCAAGGCGGUCCCUCUCCGAGUAGGCAAACGAGUCCAGGUGUGGGACGUCCGCUUCAGCACUCCUAAAACUAACUCUGGCUCAUCAUCAACCGAAGCGCAAGAAUUCACCACCAUUGCGGUUGCCCGUCUGAGUCUCAUUAUAGGGUUGCCCGAUCCAGAGAAAGCGAGACCAGGUAAUGAAAAGCUCAUCGCUAUUGCCCGGAAGAACAAUGUAGAGUUGGCACCCCAAGUUGUGUCCAAGCUGUAGCAAACCGAAGGUGCACUUCGCAGCGGCAUCUGCAGCAGCUAAUAGAAUCAAGCGUUUUAUAGAACUAUUUCAUUAGGACCAUGUCGCUGAUUGAGUAAUACAUCCGCCUUUGUGGCCUUACAAUUGGAUCAACAUUCAA